UUGUCCUCUUUUAUCAAAAAUUGUUUAGUAACAUUAAUUUUGUCAAUAUAUACAACCCUUGUAAGUGUGAAGACAGAGAGCUUGGUGGGUCAGCUGAUCAAUACUUGAAAGCAAGAAACUUCCUGAUCCUCCAUACCAACUUUUUCUUAGUUCUUUUUUAAAGACAAUCUCAAUCCUACACUACACGAAAGAAACCCAGUAAACGCUAAAUAUUGAUUCCUCGUAAGUCUAUAUAUACAUUAUAUAGAUAUAUAUAUAUAUAUAUAUAUCUACCCAUAAAAAAAAAAAAAAAAAAAAAAUUGGUUCCUUCAAACUCUUAUCAAUGUUUAGAGCCAAACCAACCUUUGUUCUCUUGCUGAUAACAUUUAUCUUUGGUCUAAUUCCAUGGAUUAAAGCCCAUAAUUCAUCCCUCAGUUUCUGCAACCGAACAUGCGCUUCCAAACACGGAUCAGGCGGCUUGACUUUACCUUAUCCGUUCGGAUUCUCCGACGGCUGCGAAAUCAAGCUCAACUGCAGCGCCACCGGAAAAGCCACCGUCGGCGAGUUUCCGAUCCAGUUUGUAAACGGCGACGGCAUAAGGGUAAACAUCCAACGGAAAUGCAACCGCUCGCUGAAAACCGUGGCCCAGCUCUUCGGGCCAAACUACGCCCCGACAGCCAACAACGCGAUCCUCCUCAAUAACUGCACCGAAGCCGCCUUCCCCUGCGAGAUCCCCUCGAUUCUGGUGCAGACCCACUUCUCGUCCGUCAGCUGCAGCGACUCCAACAGCACGAUCAGCUGCUACUCGGAGCGAAACAAGAGAGCUUUCAUUGAUUUGGAGAGGCUGAAGAAGGAGAGAAAAUGUGAGUACCUUUUGUCGUCUAUUUCAGCGGAGUCGCUCAACACCUCGGAAGCGCCGGUUUCUCUGGCGGUCGAGGUUGUCGAGCUGGGUUGGUGGCUGGAGGGACAGUGCCGGUGCGAUGUGAAUGCUAAUUGCAGAGAGCUUGUGUCACCCCACGGACGAAAAGCAUAUCGGUGUAACUGCACGGAAGGCUUUGAAGGGGAUGGAUAUAAGGCCGGUUCCGGUUGCCGGAAAGCGUUUUCAAAGUGCAAUCCAGCAGGGUACAUUUCUGGCAAGUGUGGAGGAACGACAAGAAUCGUCAUGUUAGUUGGAGGCAUUGUUGUUGCUGCUUCGUUAACAAUCAGUCUCGGCCUAAUUAUGUGCUGUAUCAGUCGGCGAUGCUUGAAAUGGAAAAUGAGACGCCUGACGAAGCGCCAUCUGUCCGAAGCCACUGGCAACUUGAACAUUCCGAUCUACUCCUUCAAAGAUGUCGAGAAAGCCACAAAUGGCUUCUCGGAUAAAUACAGGCUAGGCACGGGCGCCUAUGGAACCGUCUAUGCAGGAAAACUAAACUGCGACGAGUGGCUUGCCAUCAAAAGAAUCAGAUACAGAGAUGCUGACAGCAUUGAGCAAGUCGUUAAUGAGAUCAAACUCAUAUCAACUGUAAGCCAUCCAAAUCUUGUCCGUCUCUUGGGCUGUUCCAUCGAUUAUGGGGAACAAAUCCUCGUUUAUGAAUUCAUGCCAAACGGAACGCUUUGUCAGCAUUUACACAGAGAGAGAGGCGAUGGACUUUCCUGGCUAAUUCGCCUUACUGUAGCCGCUGAAACUGCUCAAGCCAUAGCGUAUCUCCACUCUGCUAUCAAACCUCCAAUAUACCACAGAGAUAUCAAGUCGAGCAACAUUCUUUUGGAUCAAAACUUCAGGUCCAAAGUAGCGGAUUUUGGUCUUUCCAGGCUAGGAAUGGUUGAAACGUCUCACAUUUCAACGGCCCCGCAAGGUACUCCGGGCUAUCUUGAUCCUCAAUACCAUCAGAACUUUCACCUGUCUGAUAAAAGCGAUGUUUAUAGCUUCGGAGUUGUUCUUGUGGAGAUCAUAACAGGGCUUAAAGCAGUCGACUUUUCCCGACCCCAGAACGAAGUGAACUUGGCUGCUUUGGCUACCGACAGAAUUGGAAAAGGGUGUCUAGACGAGAUCAUAGAUCCAUUAAUUGAGCCACAUAGGGAUGCUUGGACACUUUGGUCGGUUCAUAGGGUAGCGGAAUUGGCAUUCAGAUGUCUUGCUUUUCACAGGGACAUGAGGCCUUCAAUGACAGAAGUUGCAGCCGAGUUGGAUCAAACCAGGAGGAGUAGAUCAUGGGGAAAUUCUGAAGACAACACUUGCACACCUUCAUCCGAGGUAUGCUCUUCGUCUUCUUCGUCGAAUGUGAGUGAAAGACCUCUGAAUUUUCAUAAGGCCGAGUUGGCCGGGAGAAGAGAACUGCUUACAUUUGGAGAGAAAUCUCAUGUGAAUCUGGCUCAACACAUUUUAAGAGAUUAAUUUAAUUUAAAAAGUUAAUUUUUUAGGUUUAAUGUCUUUCCAUAUAUAUAAAUUACUACACAUCUUCAUGUGAGGCAACACACAUAUAUUUUUCUCAACAAUCUCCCAUCAUGUGUAUAUUCA